UGCAUAGAACAAACUCUCAUCACACACCAAUGCCAAUCCCGCAUUUUGACAGUUCUCACAAUAUUGUUGUUUAAGUUUACUUCGCUUGUGUGUUUUUAUUUGAAUUUUGUUUUAAUUUUCUUAUUUUUUUAACCCAAAAAUGUUUUAAUCACAAAAAUGACUAUUUGGAGUCCAAUCAAAGGCGGUUGGCUGUAUGGAAUUGCGAAGAGCCAUUACAGCCAAGACGCCGCGAAGAGAUUGUCGUUGACGACGGGAGAUGCCAUCAUAAUCAAGAGCGAAAGUGAAAAUUGGUAUUUCGGAUAUAAGAAAGACGAUCGACACCAACAUGGGAUAUUUCCGAAGAAUUUUGUCGUCAUUGUUGAUGCUUACAAGUGCUCCGAUGGCUUCCGCGACGUGUACAAGAUAAAACGAAGCUCGAUUGUCGAGGAAAUUACAACAGUUUUGAAAGAGUGGCACAAUCAUUUGAACAGCUUCUACUUGAACGACAAGAAAAAUUUCAUAGGACUGCAGGAGAAAAUGUUAAAUUUAAUUAAAUUGCGUCAACAAUUACUGUCAGGUAAUUUACCCACGGAUGAAUUUCGUGAAUUGAAGCUGAAGGCCACUGCGCAAAUUGACACGGGAAACAACAUGUUAAAGCUGGAUAUGGUAGUGCGUGAUGAUGCUGGCGACAUAAUUGACUUCAGCUCAAUUUCCACGACACAACUGUACGAAUUGCAUUGCAAAGCGGUCGAACGUAUCAAGCAAUCAACCACAACAGGCAAAAUCGCGAAUCGAAAUCGAAAUUCAAAGAAUUUCAACAUUAUUUCGCACAACUUUCUCGUCACUGUCAACAAUAUCCAAUGCAAAUUCGUCGACGACAUGGAGUUACUUUUUACUAUUUACACGGUGCAGGCGAGUCAAGUAGCGCAAUUGACGGAAAAUUAUCUCGUGCCAUGGGUAAAAGGCGAUUCCUACAAAGAAAUUAAACUUUUGUUCACGGAUAUGAGCACCGAUGAUAUCGAUCAGACCAAAUUAUUUCUCGUUGCGUUCAUGGUACGAGUUGGCGCGAUGGAAGCACGCGAUCCUGAUGCUCAACAAGCGCCGCGGAAGACAAUUUUACCGAAUUUCUCUAUUGGUCAUCGUCGUGAAUCGUCAAUUUCGAACCAAAGCUUAUCCGUGAUCGAUCAUUUGAGACGCCCAUUUGGCGUUGCGAUACUGGAUUUGACUCCAAUUCGAUCCCGACCCGGCGAUUUCGACAAUAGCAUCGACAUGACAAUUCAUGUACAUGAAAAAGAGUGUCUCGAUGCAUAUCUAAGACGCGUUCUGAUGAAUCGCGAUAAGCCAGAUGCGGUUACAGAUACUCGUAACAUCAGUGUGAGCGUGGAAAUGUUGCAUGGAGACAUCAAACAGAUCAAAGAGGAUUAUGCGCAUAUUUUGCGAAACAUUUCCUUUGCACGCAAAAUGGGAUUUCCCGAAGUAAUUUUGCCCGGCGACAUCAGAAAUGAUCUUUACUUGACACUGGUUGGAGCUGAUCUCGCCAAAUCCGUAAGACGAGGCGAAACAAAUAUAGAAGUUCAUGUUACGGUGUGUCUCGAGAAUGGCGAUGUCGUGCCAAAUGCAAUUUCCAAGGGCGGAGGUUCAAAUUUGGAAGAUGAAUAUCGCACAAUUGUUUAUGCGCACGAUGAGCAUCCAAAAUGGGUUGAAACGAUCAAAAUUGUGCUGCCUAUCGAGAAUUUCAAGCAUUGUCAUGUGAGAUUUUUGUUCAAACAUCGUCACAGUCAAGAAUCUAAAGACAAGGGAAAUAAGCCAUUCGCUUUGGCACACAUGAAACUCAUGGCGGAAGACGAAACGGCGAUUCAACAAGGCGAACAUAGUCUCGCUGUGUACAAAAUCGACAAGAAAAUCGAUGAUUCGAUGAUGCGAAAUUACCUUACGUUACCUACGAAAGUCGAUCCUGCUGCGGAAAAGCCUUCGACGCAAGGAUUCUCGUUCCAACCCAAAGAUUCCUUCUACGUGAAGACUAAUUUAUGCAGUACGCGACUCACACAAGACCGAAAAUUGCUUAGUUUACUCAAUUGGCAAUCCAACAAAGAAGCUCUUGAACAAUCUCUUCAAGACUUAUUGAAUGUCGAUGAAGCGGAAAUGGUUAAAUUCCUACAAGAUAUACUCGAUGCGUUAUUUUUCAUCUUUGAUGCACAUGCUGAGCACGAAAAACUCGUAUUUCAAAACGUCGUGAGGCUCAUCGAUGUCGUUUCCAACCCAAAAUACAAACUUUUCGAGUCAGUAUUGGAUUUGUACAUCAAAGAGGGCUUUUCAGCAACUUUGGCAUAUUCAAAGCUCAUUGAAUUGUUGCGAUCGCAGAUAUUUGAUACGGUGCAUUUGGAAAAUACUCGCGAUGAUGAUUUGUUUAAAGUCCUGAAACAUUUGCAUUAUAUCAUGAAAUUCAUCGUUCAAUCGAGAAUUUUGUUCACAAAUUGCACGCAGUUAAUGGAGCAAAAUAAAUUUGACACGUUGAUCGAAGGGCUUUUAGUGGCAUUCAAUAUUCUCAUUUCCAAUAACAACCCGGAAAAGUCGUUGCUGAAGUCAAAAGGAGCUGUUUUGAAGUAUUUGCAUGUUGUUGCUUCGGAUUUAAUUAAAGUUUACGAUCCAAUUAAAUUGAGUCACAAAGUCGAGGGCAUCAUCAACAGCAUUCCGCCGGGACAUUUGAGUCAAUCCAAGAUGAUCGCAAUUAAGGAUUUAGUUGAAUCGCAAAUAUUCAGAUUGCCACAAUGUCGUGCAAUAUUGCUGCCUGUCUUCUGUAAACAGAUCGUUGAGAGACUAGAAGGGAAUUCAGAGAAUGAUAACCGAUUGAACUUGGCAACGGCAAUCAUCAAUCAGCAAAACACAAAUAAGAAGUUGCAAAUUUUAUUGGGUAUCGAUCCGAACCAGAUUGAAAGACCAUCCGUUGUGACAAAUAAGAUGCAAGAAUGUAUCAACAUUUUGAACAAUGUGUUGAAGAAUUUGUCGCGCACGAACAUCGGAACAGUUGAACAUGAUAUAAAAACCAUCAUGACAUCGAUCCUUCGAACAAUUAUCCAGAGUGUUGUUGCCAUGUCGGAUGACAAUCCGUUGAAAGGAAAUCUUGUUGCCAUCAUGCUUGGGAUUUUUCAUCACAUGCGAGCCGAUCAUUAUCGAAUUUACGUGCAAAAUCUCCCCUCAAAGUUGGAUAAACAAGAUUUCUUGUCGGAAAUUCUCUGCGUUUUCGCGAAUCUUGUUCAAAAAUCUGUCUUCCCGCCUGACUGGAUGGAUAUGAUAAUGCAUCAAAAUACCGUGAUUCUCGAAAGUUUACGUCACUUUUCUGUCAUCAUCAUGGAGCACUUUUACACGAAGAAUCGCGACAACGAAGUCACUUUCGUGAAAGAUGUUUGGUCGAAAUUCUUCCAUUGUGCCACGAGUUUUCUCGUUCAAAAGUCGUUGCAAAUCGAUCAGUUCUCGUCGAACAAGAAAUCCAUCAUCAUUAAGCGAUAUCGAGACAUUCGACGCGAAACUGCUGUUGAAGUUCGUCGAAUGUGGUUCAAUUUGGGCGAAUAUAAGGUUCAUUUCAUACCGGAACUCGUUGGAUCUAUCCUCGAGAUGAGCAUGUUACCUGAUGAGGAAAUCCGUAAAGCAUCAAUUCCCAUAUUUCCGGAUAUGAUGAUGAGCGAGGCACUUUCUUCGCGUUAUGUACCCGACAGUUUUGGCGAUACGAAACGCAAUUCGGGACAUUGCAAGGGAAAUUUCAACGAUUUUGAGACGGAAAUGAUCAAAAAGUUGGAUCAUUUAAUCCAACGAGGCGAUGGAGACGAAGCCUAUCGACAUUUGUUCGAUAAAAUGAUGACGGGAACGUGCAAACAAGUCGUCAACUUGAAGGAAGAAGGAGUUGCUUUUGUGAAAAAAGCUGUCAUGCUAAUGGGAAAGUUGCUCGAGUAUCGAAAUGUUCUUAAGGAACAAAGUAUUGACAAUCAAAUGGCAUGCAUUGUGCAAAUUUUGGAGUUUUAUGCAGAGACAAAACAUACAGAUAUGUACGUUCGGUACCUGGCACGUCUCUAUAAUUUGCACAAAAUGUGCGAUAAUUACACGGAAGCGGCUUACACGGUGAAAAAACUCUCGGGACUGUUAAAAUGGGACGACAUAAAGUUGUCGAAUAAUCUCAAAUGUGAGUUUACAGAACGAUUUGAGGCAAUAACGCAUCGAGAAUUGAAGGAGCAAUUGCAUCAUUAUAUCAUCGAGCUCUUCGACAAAGGGCGAAUGUGGGAAACGGCAUUGGAUGUUUGUAAGGAGCUUGCUUACCAAUUCGAGACAGAAACUUACGACUACAAGGGAUUAAGUGAAUUGCAUAAACGCAUGAGCGGGUUUUACCAAAAAAUUCUGAAUGAGUACAACACAAAAGAUACAAAGGACACAAAAGAGACAAAGGACCCAAAAGACGCAAAAGACGAUAAACCUUCCAUGAUUCGCGUGGGAUGUGAAUAUUUCCGUGUUGGCUUCUAUGGACAAGGAUUUCCCGAGUUUUUGCGGAAUAAACAGUUCAUUUAUCGCGGAGCGGAAUGCGAAAAACUCGAGUCUUUCAAUACGCGACUUCAACGACAACAUCCAAAAGCGGAAUUACUUCAAAAUUUGGAAAUUCCGGGACGAGACAUUCAAGAUGCGAAAGUUCAGUACAUCCAAGCUGUCGCUGUGAAACCGAUACCCAGUGAAAAACUGAAAAUUCUUCAGGAUAAAUUUGUGCACGAAAACAUUGCAAACUUUUACAAAUCCAACAACGUUCAAAAAUUCGAGCUGCGACGUCCUUAUUACGCGGAGGGCUUUGCGAAAGACGAUGUUGCCGGUUUAUGGGUCGAUCGCAUGAUUAUGGAAACAGCAACACCUUUGCCAAACAUUUUAAAGAGCUCGUUGAUCACAAAUGUGACAAUUACGAAAGUUUCGCCGAUUCAAAAUGCCAUUGAGACCAUGGAGAAGGAGAACAAAAGUUUACGAGAAUUAGUUGUGAAGUAUUCCGUGAAUCCAAAUGCUCCGAUUCAACAGUUGAGCAUGAAAUUGAACGGCGUUGUCGAAGCUGCUGUCAUGGGAGGAUUGAAAGUUUACGAAAAUGCGUUCUUAUCGGAAGAAUAUAGUGCGAAAAAUCCUCGUGAUUACUCGGAAGUGCAAAAAUUGAAGGAUUUAAUAGCAAAUCAGAUGCCAUUAUUGCAAAAUCUCGUCACAAUUCAUAAGGAAUUAACUUCAAAGUCCAAUGAUCUUCAAAAUUUCCAUAAAAACAUCGAAGAGAAGUUUAAUAAGAUGCAAACGGAAAUUGAGGAGAAAUAUGGAAAGAGAACUGCUGAUUUUGAUCAAAUUGUGGUAUUAAGACGAUCGGUAGGCGUUCAUAUUCCCACCAAUGCGAAUCGACAAUCCGGAGAGAGUGUUAAUUCUGAAGGAAGUGACAAAAACCCCCGAAGCAUAAUGUCACAAAUUUUCCAACCAACUUUGACACGCAACAAGAAACGAAAGAAGAGUUCUCGUGAAACAAGUUUAUGGCAUGUUAGCGAUGUAGGAGAUGAUAAUCGAAGUUAUUCGUCACUCGCGUCAUACGAUAUGCAAUCGCCAUCAACUCCAACUCCGUCGAUUGUUGGAAUGUCUCCAAGUGCACGAAUUGAAUUAUCUGAACCGUUAACGCCAAAACGUCCCUUACGUUCGGAGCAUGAUCGACGAAUGUCUCGUCCGCCAAGCACUUUGACAAAUGGUUCAGUUCUCAGUUUGGAUAGUAAUUUGACAGAAGUGAUUUCCGACACAGAAACAGAUUCUGUGCCUCCGCCAGUCCCGCCAAAGAAUCCCCGUGACUCUGAUCUGUUCGGUUCAAUUGGAGGCAAUAGCAAUCGAAGUAGCGGCGAAUCUUCUGACAUGACACGUGAUAGUCAUUCAACAGCCGAGAGCAUUUAUUCGCCCGUUUAUAAUCCGAGUUACGAGACAAUUGCAUUGCGUUCGAAGCCUGUGCAAUCGGAUUAUGUAACAAAUUUGUCGUCGAUCAUUUCGGGGAAACCCAUUGAUUUUGACGAUAAGAAAAGAGCUCCAACUCCCCCGCCAAAGCCAUCACGUUCCGCCAAAUCGACGCCCACGAAGGAACGUCACAGAGAUUUCGAAAACAAUAAUGUCGAGUGAAUUCCAGUGUCUGUGACAAUGACAAGCCAAAGUAUUUUAUUUUAAUCGCUUUAUUCUUCGUUUACUUAAAUAUUGUGCAGUAUUGUUCACCACCCGAUCUACUUACUCGUUCAAACUCACUUAUUACUUGUACUCAAUUAAUAUUUGUGUCUUUUAACGCGUUUACAAUAUAUUCUAAAUAGGGCUCACGCAAUGAGGGAAAAUUUUUUUUCAUAUUGUAAAAUUUUCAAAAAUUUUAUUUUAUUUUUUUUAUGAAAAAUUUUCAAAAAAAAAUAUUUUUUUAAUAAUUUUUUGUUUUCAUAAAAAUUAAAAAAAAAAUUUUUGUAAAAUGUUUGCUUCAUGAAAAAUUUUAAAAAAAUUAUUUUCUUAAAAAAUAAAAAAAAAUCAAAUUUUGAUACAAAAAGUGCCAAAUUUUAAGAAAUUUUAUAUUUUAUGAGAAAAAAAUUGAAAAAAACAAAUUUUGAAAUUUGAAAAAAAUUAAGUAGAAAAUGUGAAAAUAUUUUACUCAUUGCAAAAAGCCAACAUUAGUAUAAGAAAGAUA